AAUUCCGUCGCGCUUCCGCCACCACGAUCAUGGCCGUGCGAUACGCGUUGCGCAGGGGCGAACACGUCCGUGGCAGCACCCGCCGCUUCGUCAGCACCUUUAGCGGCAACUGCUUGAGCUUGGAGACGAGGUCGAACGGUGUCGCGAUUGUCCGUCUCGACGACAAAGAGUCCAAGGUCAACACGUUGAAUGCCGCGAUGACCAAGGAACUCGUGACAGUUCUAGAAAAGGUCGAAUCGGACGCCGACAUUAAGUCGGUCGUGCUCAUUUCCAACAAGCCAGGUUGCUUUAUUGCCGGCGCCGACAUUGCGCAGCUCCAGGCGGCCACGUCGGAAGCCGAGAUCAAGAAAUUGUCGUCGGAAGGUCAAGUGUACAUGAAACGCAUUGAAAACUCCAAGAAGCCGUUUGUCGCGGCCAUUGACGGUUCCUGCUUGGGUGGAGGAUUGGAAGUCGCCCUCGCGUGCCAUUACCGUGUCGCGUCGUCGGGCAAGAAGACGCAAUUGGCGUUGCCCGAAGUGAUGCUCGGCCUGCUUCCCGGGGCUGGGGGCACUCAACGUCUCCCCAAGUUGGUGGGGCUGCAAGCUUCUUUGGACAUGAUGCUCACAGGCAAGAACAUCAAACCGGACAAGGCGUUGAAGAUGGGUCUCGUCGACCAGGUGGCGGAUCCGUUCGCCCUCGAAAACGCUGCGAUCGAUGCCGCAGAAGACCUCGCGUCCGGCAAGAUGAAGAAGAAGACGAAACCCAAGGGCUUGGUCAACAAAAUCUUGGAAGACACUCCGCUGCGCAGCAUUGUGUUUCAAAAGGCAGGCGACAUGGUUGCCAAAAAGACUGGUGGUCAUUACCCUGCGCCAAAACUGAUCUUGGAAGCAGUGCAAGCGGGGUAUUCGGGCAAGGGAUAUGACGUUGAAUCGACCAACUUUGCCAAGUUGAGCCAGACUCCGGAGGCCAAGGCUUUGAUGAGCAUCUUCUUUGGGCAAACGCAGCUCAAGAAGAACCGGUACGGGAAACCGACCAAGCCCGUCAAGACGAUGGCGGUCAUCGGUGCUGGGCUCAUGGGAGCUGGGAUUGCUCAAGUGUCGGCGUCCAAAGGCAUCCGCGUGCUGUUGAAGGACCGCGACGCCGCCAGCGCUGCCAAGGGCGAAGAGUACGUUCGAAAGAACUUGGACGACCGCGUGAAGAAGCGCCGCAUGACUGGGUACGACCGCGACGUGAUCAUGUCGAACGUAGUGCCGUUAAGCGACCAAGAUGAUGUCUGGAAAAAGCAUUUGAACCAAGCCGAUCUGGUCAUCGAAGCUGUGUUCGAGGACAUGGCGCUCAAGCACAAGGUAAUUCAAGGCCUCGAGCCGCAUGUGUCUUCGGAAUGUAUCAUCGCGACCAACACGUCGGCGCUGAGUGUUGCGGAAAUCGCCAAAGCCAGCAAGCGGCCUGAAAACGUGAUUGGAAUGCACUACUUUUCCCCGGUGCCCAGCAUGCCGCUGCUGGAAAUUAUUCGACACCCCGGCACGUCGGACGAUGUCGCCGCGCGCGCCGUCGACGUCGGUCUGCGCCAAGGCAAAACUUGUAUUGUCGUCAAGGACGUUCCUGGGUUUUAUGUGAACCGGUGCUUGGGGCCAUACAUUGCAGAAACGUUGGCAUUGGUGGAAUCGGGAGUUGACAUGGAGCGUUUGGACAAGCUUAUCACCAAGUGGGGCCUUCCCGUGGGUCCGAUCACGCUGGCAGACGAAGUGGGUGUCGAUGUGGCGGCGCACGUCAACCACACGUUGUCGGCAGCGCUCGGUGUGCGCAUGAAGGGCGGCAACCCUGCGGUGUUUCAAGACUUGAUUGCUGCCGGGUUGUUGGGCAAGAAGACUGGCAAGGGCUUUUACGUCCAGCCGACGGACAAGAAGGGAAAAAAGUCGAUCAACCCGGCCGCCGUCGACAUUGUGAAAAAGUACCAGGCCCACGAUCUCAAGUUGUCGGACGAAGACGCGACGAACCGCCUCAUCUCGCGCUUUGUGAACGAAGCGAUUCUGUGCGUCCAGGACGAUAUCAUUGCGAGCCCGACCGAAGGCGACAUUGGCGCCGUGUUUGGCAUUGGGUUUCCGCCAUUCCUCGGCGGUCCGUUUCGCUAUGUCGACCGCAUCGGGAGCCAAAAAUUUAACGACCAACUGCUGCGGUUUGCCGACAAGUAUGGCGAUCAAUUCGCGCCGGCGCCGCUGCUGCAAGACCUUGCCAAAACCAACAAGACGUUCCAUUAAGCUCGAGAUGGCCACAGCCUCAGUGACAAAACAAUAUUCUUUCGCGUGGUCUGCUGCGUGCAAAAGCUGG